UACUGCUACCGUUGUCGUCUGGAGAGAGUCGACAAUGUGCCCGUUUUAGAGGUUUAUUUCUGGUCUAGAAGCGACAGUUUAUGUAAAACUCAUCAUGUCUACGAAGCGAAAAGCCGAGACUGAGAGCCCAAGAAAGGACCAGGACCCGGAUUAUGAGAUGGUAUCCGUCAUGACUGCCAGCAAAAGACAACGAAUCUUUGAGAAAGAUGCUAAAGAUGUCACUGUAAAGAAAAUAGAGGGCAUCAUCAAACGACAGUUCAGUCUUGAGAUGAGACACAAAGAGAAAGAAGUGGAGCUGAUUGAUGAGAGGAUACAUCAAGCGAGGGCCAUGCUGGAUAAGUUACGAGCUUGCAUCGUUGCCAAUUACUACGGGAACAUCGGCAUAUCUCAUACAUCAACCAAACAAGAGAAGUUUCGGCUGAAUAAGUCGAAUCUAAACCACCCGGCAAUUCAGAGGGCCAUCAGCAACAAAUCUCCGACUCCGAUUGAAGACCCAACGACCCUGAUCUCAAGCUCUAUCGAUAGCAGCAAGCCCCAGGGAGACGUAGCAAUAAGAGAUGCCACCAGUACCCCAACCAGCGGUCUGUGGUCAGGGCUGCAGAGCGAGAGAUCAUCCCCGGAGUCUGAGCGGCUGAGUAGGGUGGACUUGUCGGAGAUUGAAGAGAGAGUGGAGGAGGGAGCCAGGGCUAAAGGACCACGCAAUUCGGGACCGGACACUUUUGGAGUUGGUCCCCCGCUGCCGGUACCUAAGCCUCUGAUCUCACAGGCGGAGUCCAGCGAAGGAACAAGAUUCCAUGUCAAGAAAAGAAUCAUCGUUGGAAAUGUCUCAAAAUACAUCCCGCCUGAGAACCGUGAGGAUAGCGACCCUUCCACUCAUAAAUGGAUGGUGUACGUGCGAGGACCACCUGAGGAACCCAGGAUCGAUCACUUUGUCAAACGCAUCUGGUUCUUCUUGCAUCCCAGCUACAGACCCAAUGAUCUCGUUGAAGUCAAAGAGCCUCCGUUUCAUCUGACUCGACGAGGAUGGGGUGAGUUCCCGAUCCGCAUCCAACUUCACUUCCUCGACCCUCGCAACAAGAAAGUGGACAUCAUCCAUCCUCUUAAGCUGGAUAGAACAUACACAGGGCUUCAAACACUUGGAGCAGAAACGAUUGUGGACGUCGAGCUUGAUCGAUACUUGUUUGAUGAUCAAGGUCAACCUCUGUCGCGACCUAUGACCCCAACCAUCACCAAGGUAAACUACCAAGAGGGUAUCAAGCCAGGAAGUCCUGCCGCAUCGUGGGAGGAGUCAAGAUGGAAAAACACCCCACCAAGGUUAAAGGAAUCCCGCGGUGGGGGGUUGGUUGGUGAGAAGCCCCACGCUGAGCAGGCGACAAGUCCGAUGGUAGUUGGCAAGAGCUCUGAGACGGUUGAGGAUACUACAUUGCUCGGUGAUGCCGCGAAAGAUGAGGGCAACCUUAAAGUUGAACCCCGAACACCUUUAGGCGAGGGGUUGAUACCUACAGAGAUCGGCCAGUCAUUCAGUGGGAUCAUCGGACCAUCUGGCCUCCAGCCUUCUCUUCAGGCGCAUCCAAGCAGCAUUGUGGCCGGCGGGCAGAUCGCCAUGCAGCAGCGACAGGGCGGGCAGUUUGUACGCGUCAUGCCACCACUUGGCCCAAUCACAAAGAGCGGUAUAAUCACCCCGUCCACGUUGAUCGGCUUGCAGACGAAAUCACAAGGAUCGUCAGGAUCCCCUGUGAAAGUCGUUUCACCGACAGAUGAAAAAAGCGUUUCUAUCAUCGGGUCGUCGUUGUCAAAUCGUUCCUCACCGACGAAUGUGUCCCCAACCUUACCUGGUGUUAUAAACGUCGCCGAGGCUGCACUUGGCGGGAAAGGUUCUCUUGAUGUUCGAAUCCAGGAAGGGAAAGUCAUCCAAGAGGUGACUACACCAGCUCUUGACCUACCCCCUGUUAAAAUGGAAGUUGCAACAAAUGUCGCAGGAGUUAUGCCUCCGCUCCAACCGCCGCUGGCUAAGACCACAACAGCGCCCUCCGGAGUUCAACUUGUACAAAGUGUCCCGGUGAGCACUACUCUACAGAAGCAUUCGCCAGAGUCUGGGGGCAGCUUGCCCGCAGCAGCGUCUUUCUCUGGAGGGAUUAUCGUGCAACCGACAAGUUCCCAGAUAAGCAAGCCUGUUAUGAGCACUGUUAUAUCGACUAGCGGGGGCGUCACCACAAUCAAGAAGACCUCCCCUACUGGAAGCGUCUCAGCUGCCCCAGUCAAGUCAGUGGUAGAGCCUCCCAAACACUCACCGCCAACCCCGACCUCCGGGAUACCAACUCCCCCUCCUGGAACCCAGUACUACAUCACGGCCAAAUCGACCGAUCCCAACCUUCAAGGGAAGGUGAUACUCAUACCUCAGCAGGUAUUCCAGCAGGCGUCCACUCAACAAGUCGCUGCAGGUGGUAAGCUGGGUGGAAGUAAAACAUCUAGCCCUGCUGGGAAAGCUGGAGCCUCAAAAACGGCAACACCUGGCAAGCCACCCUUCUUGUCGCCCAGCAAUGUGUUGAUUUUGCCUCAAGGAUCCAUCGUGCCGCCCCUCCCUCCCGGGAGUAUCGUCCAAAUCCAGCAAGUCCCAUCCCCGGUGCGAUCAACAGCGGCAUCCAGUCAGCAAAAAGUCCACCCUACGUCAGCUCUGGCCAAAACAGUCACUGCUCAAGUGAAGAAUCCUGGAGCAGCGAAGGUUGCGGGCAUGCCAUCAGGAGGUGUCAUACAAAUCCAGAGGACGACAGGGACGAGUAUUGCUAAGGUCUCAGGGGUCCCAGGAACAUCUCAGGCCGCAGGGAUCUCGAUCCUUCCAGAGCAGAAGGGUCAGCUUGCCAAGACUUCAUCCGGUGGAGUCGUGUUUGUCCAACGGGCAGCCUCUACCGGAAAGAUUGGAUCUGGACAGACUCUUGCCAGACUUCCAUUAGUGCAAGGUGGUAUGGCUCUUCAGCAGAAAAUAACUCUUGCUGCCCAGCUUCCUCCUGGGGCAGUCCCAAUUCCUCAUGGAUCCCUCACCCUCAAACCCGGGAGUGCCGUCAACAUCAUUCAGAAUCCAAACACUAAAUCUCUCCAUCAAGGACAGACUCUGGUUCUGCACACUCAACCCUCUUCCAUUUCCAAACUCCCAGGGAAACCAAUCCAGACAGUGACCGCCAUCCGACAGCCAGUUGGAUCUGGUCAGGCGCCCAAAUUUAUCAUUCAAGGUCAGGGUGCAAAGGUCAUCACUCCAGGUCAAGUUCAGGUCAAGCUUUCCCUAUCGUCUCCUACAAGUGUCGCAGCAACAAGGUCUGUGAGUGGAACAGCUGCAACACAAAUGGGUACUGUUCCUGUGGUACAGAUUUCAGGUAGCAGUAAAGUUGGACAGACAGAUGGAUCGGCAGUUGCGACUGCUCCCGAAACGGUUACCAAGCCGGCUGAAACUGCAAUGCAGGAGCUUGUGAGAUCUGAAUCUAGUGUGAAACCAAUUAACCCCAGCUCAGUCACUAAAGAGAUAAGUGAAUCUCAAAUUGUGUCGACUGUAGAUGGCACUCAGGAGGUUGUGUUGGUGAAAGAAAGUUCCUCCCAGAAAACUAUAAUACCCGACAUUUCUUCAAAGGAAGUUGAUACACCAUCAACAAUUAAAGCACAAACAGUUUACACUGUAGGGCAUCCAGUUACAAAAGUUGCCAUACCUGUUCUGGCUCCACCGCUGCCCAGAAUUUUCAUUAAGCAGGAACCGAUCACCAGUCCCCCGAAAGACUUUGCGACUUCCUCUACCAGUCAGUUCAUUGUUAAUCCUGCUUCUGCCACCGUUGACGCCAAGGUGAAGACAGAAGUUCCUGAAGACAUGCAGGAGGCGGAGACUGAUGUGUCGAUCAUGAUGCGUGAGCUUACGCUAAGCUGCCUUGAGGGACCAGUGAGUGUUUACGGUCUGGGAGCGAUGGAGGACUUAGUAUCAGCCGUUGUGAGGAAGACACCAUUAAUUAAUAAAGACAGGGUUCAAAGCGAGCAUCCCUUCACAGCAACCUCCCUUCAGCAUUACCAUUCAUGGACGGGGGCUAAGCGCCGAGCAGCUGAGUGGCAUCGCGCUGUCUCGGUAAGACGGAUUGCGAAUGAAGCCAGGGAGAAAUCAGAGAAGCUUCGAUUUGAGAGGAUGUGGUCGACCAAAGAGGUGAUGGUGUGGUGUAGACAGCAGGGACAUGUCCCACCGGAACCAGACGUUCGUGAGACUGAAGGGAAAUGGUGCAGAAUUUGUGGCGAUUUGACCGAGAAGGGGAAAGUGGAGGUCAAUGUUGAGGAGCAUGAAUGCAAGAAGAAAUGGCUCUCGUCUGCAGGUUUACUGAAACAGACGAGCUACACAGUUCCAGACGCCCUCGCCAAUAGUAUCCGGCAACGCCAGUUGACCAUCGAUGCAAGUUUCUCCGAUAGUGAAGCCGAAAUUGAUAUCAUCGGGGUGUGGGAUCGGGGACAGCGGGUUUCAGUCAAGAAGGAGUCGCCCGGAACACCCGGCAGGAUAAGGUGCUACCUUCCGCCAAGUAAAGGUGAUAAGAUGAUUCAGGAAGUAGCUCAAGAGAUUGGAAUAUGCUUCAAGCCCACUCAGCUAGCUGAGGACACAUUUUCCCCUGUUGUGGAGGAGGUCAUGCUAUCAGCCGUUUCUCAGUUCAUGAGCUCUCUGCUACGGAAGUCAUUAUCUAAGGCUUAUAAUAAACGUACAGAUAAUAGACUUCCAAAGGAGAUUCUUUCAACCCACGUCCUUCAGGCCAUAAAUAGUACAGAGCAAUUUGACUUCCUGACCAACAAACAUCUGGGAGUGGCUGCUAUGGCUACCGAGAACAGUCAAGCGUCUUCAUCGUCCAACCACUAAUAGCUGAUAAGUUUAACUUCAGCGACAAGAAAAUCUACCAAAGAAAACUGAUUUCAGCUCAAACAUAAUAGUUUGCAUAUUGUGUUGCUGUUGAACAUAUAUCAAGAUACAUGCAAAGCGGAGGAUUUUUGUCUGUGGGUUUUUGGUCAACCAGUGCCAAGACAAUAAGAAAUGGCGGCACUCGGUCUUAAGAAGAUUGUUUUACAAAUACAUCUGGAUCAGUACUGUAUCCGCGGUGGGCGGUGCCGGGUGAUCCUGCCCAGAAAUAAUCAAUUUUGAGACGGAAAUGUAAUCUCUACAUUUGAAUGCAAUAUUAAAGCAAAGACUAAUGGGAAAAUAAUUUUCCAUGGGAAAAUAGGACACUGUUUUAUUAUCUUCAAACUCGAUUCUAAAUGGUUGAUUCAUAAAAACAAGAGUUUGAUAUUUUACAAUUAUUGAAUGCGUAUGAAUACAAUGUUAUAGAAGAAUAGAAAUCACAAAUGAAAUCUGGACUGUUCCAUUUCAAGAGACAUGUUUUGUUGGUGUUCAAAUAUUAAUUUAUGUAUGCAUUACAGAUGUUCUCAUAAACAAUUUGAAUAAUUAUACCAUUAACAAUCUUGUAUUUUACAUAUUUUUUUCUGUAAAAGUAUCAAUGUUGUGCCGGGCAUAAAAGUGAAUUUUACUUCACAAAAUAUUACAAAAUAAUUUGUGUUCAUGAUUGUUUUUGUUUGGUCGUUUUGAGCAUGAUGUCCAAAAUGAAGUUAAAAUCAAAAGUUGCUAAGCACAACAAACUGAUGCUUACCAG